GGCGCGUGGCUCGGGGUUCAGAGCUGUCGGCCCUCCUCCUCCUUCUCCUCCUCCUCCCCCCUGCUCUGAUAGAGACGGGCAAAAGGCGGAGGAGGAGCAAAGCACCUCUCAGUCAACAGACGCAGGGUGUUCAGCAGCGGCAGUCCGUCGGUAGGUUGGCUGUACCGGCAGAAGCCCGCAGAGGGAGGAACUCAUCACCUAACGCUGCAGAGCAAUGCAGCUGUUGAAACCACAAGUCACCUUGGCGAUAAGACUGCUGUGGCUGCCCAGGUGCUGAUGACAGGCUAUUUUCCAUUGACCAGUGUAAGCCCUGCAGCAAGAGGAGCAGCAGAGAAAGUGAACAGAGGUGAAGACAAUAAUUGCAUUUCUGCCUGCCCUCUGGGAACAUGGGAUGUAUGACCCCAUCAUUCACCUGUAAGGCUCUCGAGUAAACAAUUUUACAAAGAAGGAUGACAGAAGCGGCUACAGAAAGUGCAGAUGUCCUCAUAAAACCCUACGAUUCCACAUCAUGCGACACAAGCUGCCCCUCCCCUCCACCAUGUCUACCCCUCUGCAAUCAGAGGGAGGAUGAGAAGUGUCACACUGACAUUAAGAAGCUCGAGCAGCAGAAACACUGUAACCAGGUGCAACCAAAGAAAAAAGUUAAGGCCAAAGGAAAGUUAACGCGCAGUAUGGCCGUCUGUGAGGAGUCCUCCCCAUUUGAAGAAACUCAGGCCUCUCCAGAUGCAAACAUCUCAUCUAGCUGCCAGGUCAAUGAAAGAACUUCCUCUAAGGAGGAAGAUGAGGAAAGGAGCUUAGAUCCAAAGAAAAAUUCACUGUCCAAAGAGUCCAGCGUGGAGUACACAGACUCCACCGGCAUAGACCUGCACCAGUUUAUCAUCGAAACCCUCAACAACAAUCCCAGAGACCGUAUGAUGCUGCUUAAACUGGAGCAGGACAUGAUCGACUUCAUCACUAGCAAUAGCUCUUUUAAGAAGUUCCCUCACAUGUCAUCCUACCACCGUAUGCUGGUCCAUCGGGUGGCGGCCUACUUUGGCAUGGAGCACAAUGUAGACCAGACAGGCAAGUCUGUCAUCAUCAACAGGACCAGCAGCACACGCAUACCGGAGCAGCGAUUUCUAGACAAGGUAUCUAAGGACAAAACCGAAGAGAUCCACCAGUGGAAAAUCAUUUUGAAGAGAGACAACAGUUCAGAUGACCAGAAUCGCCUUCAUCCUUUACGGGAAAAACAAAACAAGUCGAUGGAGGAGAGAGAGGAGGAUUACCUAAGAGCGCGAGAACGAAUCUUCAACAAAGAGCCACUCUGCACCCAGGAGAGCACCCAUGCAGAAACCAGGGAUGUGGAGGAGUACAAUCCAUAUGCUGAGACCCAGAGGAGAAGGCAGCUGUUCAGGGGGAGCCGAGACAGCUCAGGCUCCAGCUGGACAGGCAGCAGCAGGCAGAGCAGCACUGAGACUGACUGUCGCUAUAGCAACGACCUCCGACCCUGGAGCAGCACAGAUUCUGAUUCCUCAUAUCAAUGGACAAGUCCUGUGCCAGUUGCUCGCCAAUCUGGCAGCCACAGCUGGGAUACACGAGGUUCAGGUUCCAUCUCUCUUUACAGACUGCCAUCCACUUGUCCUCACUCUUCUCCUCCUCCUAUCAUAGAGGAGCCAGUUCCUAACUCUGCCUACAUCACGGAGAACGGGAUCCCACCAGGGAGCAUAUUAGUGAACCCGCAUACUGGACAACCUUUCCUUAACCCUGAUGGAACCCCUGCUGUGUACAACCCUCCAGACAGUCAGCAGCCAAUGAGGAGCCAGACUCAGCUGCAGAGCUCUCCUCCUCAGCCGCCUCAGCAGCAGCAGGUGUUUCAGUACUCGUCUGUCUCAUACACAGCUCCGCAGAUGUUGCCUGUCACUCCCACACAGCCAUACUCAACACAGAUUGAAGAUCUCUCCUCGCAGUUUGCUCAUGUGACAGUGAACUGUCAGCCAGCAGGAGAUGCUCAACCCCUCUACCCUCCCAAUCAGGGUUACAUCUAUGCAACUCCUCCUCCUCCUCCCAACCCAUCCAACUACUGCCAGCCCUCACCUCAGGUACCUGUGUAUUAUUAUGGCCAGUACCCUACCUCAGGUCAGCACGGAUGCAGGCCGGUCUCACCCAGCCAGAACAUUCACAGCCAAAUAGUACAACCAACAGGAGGUUAUGCCCCUGCUGUGAGGGUGCAGCAGUCUUCCCACCCCCAGCCACAGACUGUGCUGGGGACCUACACUCCAGUUGCCUCCCAUCAGCGUAGCAUGGUUCAGCAGGGAGGUGUUUCUGUGUCCUAUCCCAAGAGUAAAGUUGUGGCAGGGCCAUUUACAGACACAGGUUACUGCUGCAUGGUGCCUCCACCCUCCCAUCCCACUCACCUCAGCGCGCCAACCUGGAACACACAGUACUGAUAGAGUGAAGAUACUUUGGUUCCUGCUUGAACUCACAUGCGUGCACAAGAUGUUUUUAUCACAAACAUAUCGUUUCACACUCUUUUACUCUACUCACCUUCACCCACUCUCCUUCAGAUGGUGCCCUUUGGGUAUGCUUUUCUCACACAUACACACUCACAGAGAUAAAUGUUCUACUGUACCAAAGCUAAGUAGUAUAUAUCACAGCUGCUGUACUGAAUGCAUAAUUUAUAUACACAAAUGGAGUUUUAUAUUGUUAUUAAAUUAUAUAUUGUGUUUUAAGGAAAUGCACUGUGUGAAACGAAUAAAGUGCUGUGGCUUGACUGAUGAGGUCACAUUUCUGCAUCA